CUUCAGAUAUACUGUUGUAGAUAACAAAUCCACAGUUCACUCUGCAUCCUUUCUUCACCUUCGAUUCUCAAUUUCCUCUCCGCCAUGGCCUCCGGCGCCACCCUUCUCACCGACCUCCCAUUCCGGCGCCCUUACCCUCCCACUCUGUUCCGCCCCUCGAACAUUCCUUCUUUCCACCCACUCCACAUUUCUAUCCGAAUCAAUCACCUUCGCCCCAAUUUCAGAUGUUCAAUCGCCGAGGGCUCCGCUACUGUUUCAACUUCUGAUGUCUCUGGUCAAUCUUCCAGGGUGGAUUGCGUGGUCGUUGGUGGUGGGAUUUCUGGCCUUUGCAUCGCUCAGGCACUUGCAACAAGGCACCCUGAUGUUGCGCCUAACAUCAUUGUCACAGAGGCGAAGGCUCGCGUUGGAGGCAACAUCACUACGGUUGAGAGAGAUGGGUAUCUCUGGGAGGAAGGGCCUAAUAGCUUCCAGCCCUCCGAUCCUUUACUCACUAUGGUGGUGGAUAGUGGCUUGAAAGAUGAUCUAGUUCUGGGAGAUCCGGAUGCACCUCGAUUUGUAUUGUGGAAGGGAAAGCUCAGACCAGUACCCGCGAAGCCUAAUGAUCUACCUUUCUUUGACCUGAUGAGCCUUGGUGGAAAAAUCAGAGCAGGCUUUGGUGCACUGGGCAUUCGCCCUCCUCCUCCAGGUCGAGAGGAAUCAGUUGAAGAAUUUGUUCGUCGGAACCUUGGUGAUGAAGUUUUUGAACGCUUGAUAGAGCCAUUUUGUUCUGGCGUAUAUGCUGGUGACCCUUCAAAGCUUAGCAUGAAAGCAGCUUUUGGUAAGGUUUGGAAGCUAGAACAAAAUGGUGGUAGCAUUAUUGGUGGGACUUUCAAAGCAUUUCAAGAAAGGAAUAAAGCUACCAAGCCACCAAGAGAUCCACGCCUGCCAAAGCCGAAGGGCCAAACUGUUGGAUCUUUUAGGAAAGGACUUGCCAUGUUGCCAAAUGCUAUUUCUACAUGCUUGGGCAAUAAGGUAAAGUUAUCUUGGAAGCUAUCUAAUAUCAGUAAAGUGGAUGAUGGAGGUUACAGUUUGACAUAUGAAACACCAGAAGGGCUAGUCUCUAUACUAAGCAGAAGUGUCAUCAUGACAGUCCCUUCUUACGUUGCCAGCACACUGUUGCGUCCAAUCUCGGUGAAAGCUGCAGAUGUACUUUCAGAAUUUUACUAUCCACCAGUUGCAUCAGUGACCAUAUCAUAUCCAAAAGGAGCAAUUAGGAAAGAAUGCUUGAUAGAUGGUGAACUAAAGGGGUUUGGUCAAUUGCACCCUCGCAGCCAGGGGGUGACAACUUUGGGAACUAUAUACAGUUCAUCACUUUUUCCCAAUCGAGCACCAGAUGGAAGGGUAUUACUUUUGAACUACAUUGGAGGAGCUACUAAUACUGAAAUUCUUUCCAAGACAGAGAGCGAACUCGUAGAAGUAGUCGAUCGGGAUUUGAGAAAAAUCCUCAUAAACACAAAUGCAGAGGAUCCCAUGUUAUUGAGUGUGAGGGUGUGGCCUCAAGCCAUUCCACAGUUCUUGAUUGGUCAUCUUGAUGUUUUGGAUGCCGCCAAGGCCGGACUGAGAGAAGCUGGAAUGGAAGGCUUGUUUUUAGGUGGAAACUAUGUAUCUGGUGUGGCCUUGGGGCGAUGUGUGGAGGGUGCCUAUGAAGCUGCAACUGAGGUAGCUAGUUUCUUGUCUAAAAAUGUGUAUAAAUAGCUGUUUUUUCUUUUUGCUUUCUACCAUUAGACAUGUGCAAACUGAUAGGCUCUUCACAAGGGAUGGCGAUGUUGCUGUGCUGCAGGUAUGGUUUUAGCUAGAUUUUGUCUUGUUUUAUUGGCGGCAGCAAAAUAGUUGUAAUUCGUUGAGUUCUCUAAAACUGUUCUUAUUGCUUGACUUUCAACGUUCCCCAGUA